GCCGUGACCGAAAUUGUCCACCGCAACCAACCAUUCGGGUUCACAAUUGGACCUUAUCGAUGCGGUCGAGUUCUACAUUUCGCCAUGUCGUGAUGCGGCUCAGGAUGGCGUCAUUGGAGCGUUCGAUGAUUGAAUGUGCCCGGCUUGGACGUUGUUUGGUCCCAGGUCUCACUUUUGAACUUGAUUUGUUCCCACCACCCGUGCCAUCAUCAUGUUGUCCACUCGCUUUGUGCUUCCCAUCGCCGCCGCCGCCGCUUGCGUUGGCGCGACGUCUCCCGCGGACAUUCCCGACCUGUCGGCGGAAUUGGAGGUGUGGAAACGUAGCCGCGCCGGGCAAGUGGCCAAGGCCCACGGGCUACUUCCCCGCCUCGAGUCCACGGACGAGGAAUUGAAGCGCUUUUACGACACCAAACUGGACGUCGCCCGCCUCAACCUGCUGCACCCGAACGCGCAGUUCUCGAUGGACUCUCCGUUUUCGCUCCUCUCCAUGGCCGAGUUCAAGGUGCUUGUUGGCCGCUCGUACGCCACGUCACAACCCUCGACGAAGACGGUGGCGGCAGCGAGCCCCCCCCGCCACGCCCUGCCUUCGACCCAAGACUGGAUGACCUCUGGCUGCGUCAACAAAGUGCAGCAGCAAGGCCAAUGCGGCUCGUGCUGGGCGUUCGCCGCCAUUUCGGCGGUGGAGACGGCCAUGUGUUUGGCCUCGCCGUCUAAGUCCCUGACCAAGCUGUCCGAGCAACAGCUGACGUCGUGCGACACGGCCACCGGCAACAUGGGAUGCCAAGGGGGAUACCCCACGAACGCCAUCAACUACGUGGCGUCCACUGGGGUGUGCUCGCUGGAAGAGUACCCGUACGUGUCUGGCUCCACGACGCAAGACGAAACGUGUGCCACGUCCUGCACCAAGAAGAUCACCGGCAUCAAGAAGGCCGUGAACGUGGCGCCGGGGGACGCCGCCGUGUUGGCUGCGCUCCAGGACCGCACGAUCGUGGUGGGGGUGGCCGCUGGCAACAACGAGUGGAAGCAGUACAAGAGCGGCGUCUUGAACUCGUGCUCCACGGCUGACCUGGACCACGCCGUGGUGAUCGUGGGGUACACGGACUCGCACUGGAAGAUCAAGAACUCGUGGGGCCAAGAGUGGGGCGACCAAGGAUUCAUCUACCUCCGCCGCACCGGCGAUUCCAACAACGGCACGUGCGGCGUCACGUCCGACGCCAGCUAUCCAUCUCUUGAGUAAAUCGUCGCACCGCCAACAUUAACGGAUCAACAUGUUUUCCACUACUGUUGAAUUAUUUUGAGCGUCAAGUUCAACUUCUCCGUAUGCCAUUGGGUUUCCGGAUAACAGCG